CUGAAGAUCAAUGUCUCGGUUUUUUUUUUAAUGACUCCGUGCCUCGACCCUUGGCACUGUAGUUGACGGCAACUGUGUUCGACGCUUCUGCACUGUAUAGGGAGCAAGACCCUGACACUGCCUCAGUCUGCCUGCACUAACCACCAGACGUCACACGCGUUUGGAGCGAACAUGUCAACAUACUCAUCAACAUAGAGUCGUUGACUCGAUGUCUCCGAUUCACCCUUGCUACGUUACCGAGUUCGCAACUCAGUUCGCAACUCCGGACCGCCGGCCGAAACCUCAGGACCCUUUGUCACUGACCCACACCGACUCUGAUCCCAUCUCCGUCCUCAGGCCUUGCUUGCAUUGACAACCACUCUCCCCGCAUCUUCGCCCUCGGCAGGAAAAGCAACACCUCAACCACCCUGCAACAUGGCGAACAUGGACACAACUUGUCCCGGCAACGCGAUCCCGGAGGUCAUCAACCUCCCAAUCCCCCAAAACAUCAGCGUCUUCGUGACGACCGGCACCAAUGCGUCGUACGCCGCCGCGGGCUUCCCCGCCUUAGUGCGGGAGCUCUCGUUCUUGAACACCCUUGAUACCGCGGAUGCGUUGCGGACGCUUAGCCGGUCACCUCACGGAUCGUUAGGUGCAACGCACCACCUCACUAUAUACGACGGAGCCUGGCCUGUGGUUGACUCGCAGGAGGAGUGGGCGGGCCAUUUUCUCUUUCUCAGCCGAGGCUACAACCCCACCCACGUCGCAUACCAUCGCUACGAACAAUUUAUUCGACAGGAAGCGUCCCGCACCUUCGACAUGGACGUCCACCUGUUCCGUACGGUUCUCGCUCACUUCCCUUCCCUUAGGGAACUUACGCUUUCCCACAUUCACGCCUGGCGGAUGCGGUACCUAAGCCAUACGCACUUCCGCAAUCUUACGAACAGCAUCUGGGUGACCCCGGCUUUCGAGAACUUCGUGGCGAACGCUAUGUCACGGCUGCUUCCUGCCCUAGGGACAUCCUCGCGUCUUCAACGGCAAAAUGGCCUCGAGGACAGCAUAGCCAAAUUUCUAGGCGCCUUCCCUGGCCUCAAUACCCUGUCGAUCAGGACGUUUCCACGCGGCCCCAUCUACCAGCAGCUACUACCGCUAUCGCAGAUGCAGUGGUCCGACCUUCAGUACUGCCACAUUGUAGGGACUUGGGAACGCCACACCCUAAAGCGCUUGACCUUGAAGCAAGUUACGUUAACGGACGGCUUCUGGAAGUCUUUCUUCAGCAAAGCCCGCGACCUGAGACCGCGGCCCGAUAUACUCUGCCAGGGUAUUCUUCACAAGAGAGACUCGCAAGGGUGGCUCAUGGAGGACUUGGAGUCGCAGCGCCUUCCCGACAGGUUCCUUACACACGCCGAGUUUCCGUGGCCAUUCUCGGAUCCGGAUGACGACAUUUCUAUGUUUUCCCUCUCACAUUAGUAUCGGCGGGAUGCGUCGGUAAUCUCAUGGACACGUGCAGCGGUUCUUUGUCGUUUUUAGUAUCACAGAGUGGAGUUCGUGGAGUGCAGCGACUUCAGGGAGUUGUAGGGUCAGGAGGUAACAAAGGUUUGGCAAGAUGGAUAACGUUAAGCGAUUUAGCACAUCUACUUCCACUAGCACCGUAAUAGGUCAAAGGAUAUG